AUGCUAUUACGCGAUUUUACCAUCCAACUCAUCAACCGGUCACCACACCUCUCCGCAACACUCACGGUGUCAGACUUCGUCCGCUUUGCAUCGCUUUCUGCCGAAGUCGAACAUCGCGCCGGUGGUUCCUUACGGCUGUCACCGAAUCAAAACCCUGUGUUACCAUUCCUUGAGGAGGCCUUAUCCGUUCAAUUCCCCACCGACCUUCUGGACGACUUAUGGCAACUGCUUUUCCCCUUACUCCGCUGGUGUCGAAUCGAUCCAACACUCUCCAUACGCAAUAUGGGUCUCCAACAAAACUUUACCACGAAGUUGCCCGAACGAUUUCUACGCGCACCUUUAUCCCACUGUGUCAUAUGCUCCAAAGACGAUGCCUACGCCUUACACGUGCACUCUCGGAUCAAUGGAUACCUUCAUGACAUCGACGGUGUGCACCCAGUGCAGACCGUUAUCCUCAGUUGCUCCAACCCCAAAUGCGACACCGUUUAUAGGCCCAGUUUUUACACCCGAGAUAGCGCUCGAUACUACUACACAAAGGACCUGGGCCGCGAUAUGGAUUAUCUACACAUCACCUGUCAUUACUACAUGAGUACUCGAAUGGCCUACAUGUUCCGGGUGCUACAAAUGCUAGGACAUGUCUCUCAUUUCAAUUUGGUGAAUUGGUACAACAUGGUGUUUGUAGACGAGACUCCCGCGGCGACCUUCACCCCCGAUCAACUAUUUACACCGUCUAUGUCAGAGGAAGUGUGUCGUAAUGGCCUGAUGCUUCAUUCGUUGAUUAAGCAUGCCGACCGAAGAGGUACCACCCUAGUCAUCAACUGCUGA